CUCUCAUCCCUCUCACCUCGCACAUUACAGUCACACAACAUCAAAGUCAGCCUCAUCCAAUUCACUUUAUUUUUUCCCUCGACACCUGAGGAAUUUACUCUAUACUUUCUAGUAUAACAUCGCUUUCGAAACCGAACCACCAAAUCGAAGAUAUGCGUCGUCGUUCCUUGCACUUCUACCUUCCAAUCAAGUUGUCCCCUCUCUAAUCGCCACACCAUUCACCUUCUCGAGACCAACGCCUCAUUAUAGCGCCUCACAUGUCGGACACUGAGGAUCCCCUGAUAUGGGAUCUUGGUUCUGCCAUUGGCCUCCUCAAGGACCUCUCGCUCAAGUCUCAAGACCCUCCAACUACAACGCCCUUGUCGUUUGUCCCGACCUUCGACGAAGCUCAGGACCAUGAAUCCAACAACACGUCACUUGGUGACUUUAGCAGUCUCUGGGACUUUCUGAGUCGUCCGCAUACUGCUGAUGAUGAACAACAACAACAACAACAACAAGCUGCCGAGCUAGUGAGAUACGAAAUCAACGACGAGCCAGUCGCCGAACUCGACCUCAAUCAGCUGAACAAGGGAGUUCGGUGGCGAGAUGAAGUAGAUGGAGCGGAUCUAGAAGACAACGUCGAACCCACAAAGGUCACAGCAGCGUACAUACGCAACAAGAAACGUGCCGAACGAAGAGCACGAGCAAAAGAAAGAGCAGACCAGCUCGCCGCCCAGCAAAAGUCCACGUCAGAUACCACUGACCUCGAAUCGGGAGAGGAAUUGGAGUCUUUGAGAAGGUCGCCAGACCGAAGAGCCGUCAUAGACGACAUCCUUGGUUAUUCGAGACCUUCACUGCGCGAGACCUCUCCACCGACAUCACCUUCACCACCCAAAUCCGAGAUAAGAACGCCAAAGCGAGAAUAUCCGGUAUCGCAUCCAUUUCUCUGGCAGAUUGCUGAUGCCCCGUCACCCUUUAGACGAAUGUCCGUGGCUCCACGCGACGGCCUUUCUCCGCGGCAACGAAAGCAAGCACUCAUUACUGAAUUGGCCCGUCACUUUCCCGACGAGAAGAGAUACUUGAAGAACUCGGGUCUCCUCGAACCGGCAUUCACCCCUUUGAAUAUUUCCAACAUCGGUAUCCACGUUUUCAUCGACAUGUCCAACAUCUCGAUUGGCUUCCACGACUGCUUGAAAGUAGCACGUGGCAUGCCGCGAGACACGCGCCUGAAGCGUGUCCCACUGUCCUUUCACAACUUCUCGCUCGUACUCGAAAGAGGCCGCCCAGCCGCCAAGCGCGUCCUGGUCGGAUCGGACAAGUACGCCGCGAUCGCGCAGGCCAAGUCCAUCGGCUACGAGACCAACAUUCUUGAACGCGUGCACAAGGCAAAGGAGCUGACGCCGCGACAGCGGAGGUAUCAGUCCGGGGAGACGAGUGGUUCUGAGACGAACAAUUCUCUCUCCGUGCCGACGCACGCGCCCGAAAAAUGGGUCGAACAGGCCGUGGACGAAAUUCUACACCUGAAGAUCCUCGAGUCGUUGAUCGAUGCGGAGAAACCCAGCACGAUUGUUCUCGCCACGGGCGACGCGGCCGAGGCCGAGUAUUCGGGCGGGUUCCUCCGUAUGGUCGAACGUGCGUUGGAAAAAGGAUGGUCGGUUGAGCUGGUCAGUUUCAGACUGAACACCAGCAGUCUGUACAAGAGGAAGGAAUUCCGGUACAAGUGGGGGCCCAUGUUCAAAUGGGUCGAAUUGGACCCCUUUGUCGAACAUUUGAUUGACGAAGAUGAUGAUUAACGAUUGAGCGAGCAUGCAUGCAUGUAUGUUGUGUUGUGUGCUCUUGCUUGCCGAGUUGUCCUCGGACAAGGUGAAAUGGCCGUGUUGUACGGUUCAGCACCAUUGUCACGGCCAAGGGAAAUGUGGCCAUACAAUGAUGAUACCCAAGCGCGAUCAUGAUUACGAUUUCAGAAUGACAUGGAGGACGGGAUUUGGACGACUCAUUUGGCGAGAGACAGACAUGACUAACCUGACCGGCGACAACGGGUGUCUGGAACCAGCCUACUCCUUUUUUUGGGUUUUUGGAUUAUUAAUUCUUUUUCUUCCAAAGAUCAGUAUCUCGGAUUUGACUCUUGGAACUAGAAUUUCAACGAAAGAAACAAAACAUGAGUACGGCGAGGUCGUGAAACUUGUUGUUGAGGUGUGUAUAUUUGUCUGUGUCACGUUUUCGGUUUUAUGGUCCCGGGUCUCGAGUUCUGUUUUUUAUUGUCAAAUGGACUCGGACGAUGAUGAAAUCUCUACAGAGGUACCGAUACCUCACAGUAGGUAGUUACUACCAUAAGCUAGUAGCUAUCAUUGUUGAUUGAAUGCUAUGAUGGCCGGGUGCGUAUAGCAAACUUGGGAUAAUCGUUGUUCCAUUAUAUGAUUCUAUGUUUCUAUCGAUGUUGGAAUGAUAUUAUCGAGACUCCUGACAGUAUGCAUGCUAUGUUUCUUUCUGAAACAAGACAUCAAGAUAAGUGCGAGUAGGGACGGUUGGACGGAUGCUGGUGAAAUUACACGCCCACGAUGCUACACCUUCUUCCCCUUGAACCCGCCCAACCUGACCCAGAGGAAAACCCACACCAGGGAGCCAGCGGCGAGGGUGGCACCGCCAAAAGCCUGCAUGUCUCUGUAACCCCCGUUGGAGAUGAUCUGGCCCGCGAUGGGGCUUCCGAUGAGGGUGGCGACGGCGGCCACGCUGAACAAGGCACCCGUCCGCACGCCGAUCUCUUGGAUGUUGGAGAACUGGGCGAUGACCGCCGGCAAGAUGCUCGCGACGCCGCCGGAACUGAAACCAAACACGCAGCAGUAGACGACGGUGGCGGCGGAACCCCCGCUGGGGACCCACAGGGCCAGCGUGAUGACGGACGACAGAAUCGACAUGGACAACAAGACGUUGAGGCGGCCGACGCGGUCGGCGAGGAAGGGUGGGAUGGUCCUGCCGAACGUGCUGGCGGCGUUCAUGAUGGGGACGAGGUACUUGGCGAGAGAGUUGGGGACGCCGUGGGCUCGGCUGGCGAGGAUGAUGAAGGUGAAGGGGAUGAAGAGACCUGGGUAACCACGCAAAAUGUCAGAGAAGAUGGUUCAAAAAUAAAAACAAUAAAAGGGGGGAAAGAUCGUGUGGACAAAACGUACCUAGCCAAGUCAGAAAGCCACCGGUGGCCAGCGUGGCGAAAGUCGGUUCGGAGAAAGGACGUAGGAAAUCUUUUGCUUUGACGGGUCUAGGUCUAGGUGGUAUGCGACUGACGAUGGUGAGGUUGGCAAAGAGACCCAGGGCCAGGAUGAGAAAGGCGCAGAUUCGCAUGGUCCAGCCGAAGCCGACUUGAGGGAUGAGUUUUUCGACCAUGACGGGGAAGAUGACUCCACCGAUGGAAGAGCCUGCGGCGGUGACCCCCAGAGCCAGGGCCCGUCGUUUGAAGAACCACGUCGUCACGGCCGACAUGGAUGGGUAGAAGAAGAGAGAGCACCCGAUGGCGGAACAGACGGCUUGCGCCAGGAAAAACUGGUAGUACUCCUUGGAGAUGGAGGUCAUCAUCAGUCCGAAGACGUGGAAGAAUGUGCCGGCCAUGAGAAGGUAUCGGGGGCCGUAAUUAUCUGAUGAUGAUGACAAUGAAGAAGGGAGGUUGUCAGUCUGAUAAGAAUAUCUACAGAGGGAGAAGAGACAAAGUGGUGGUGGUGGUGGUUUGUUUUGGCAUACCGUAUAAUCUUCCCACCCAGAUACCACCCAAGAACAUCAUACAUGACUCGGUAGAGGGGAUCCAUGCAACCUCUUGCGAAGAGUAUUUUCGGAGUUGAUGAGUUUCGUAGUAUUCUUGGAACACAC